AUGGCUUCUAUCACACUCCGCUCUGCCCUGCAAACCACCCCAGUGGCAUACGGCUUCUGGUUGACCCUUCCCAGUGCCCCAGUCGCAAAGACCAUCCUCCGCCGCAGCCCCGAGUUCACAGAAGGUGGAUUCAGCUGGGUCCUAGUUGACGCUGAACAUGGAUUGAUAAACGACAGCCAUUAUUUUGAGCUCACAAAUGCCGUCGGCCACGAGGGCGCUAGUCCGAUUAUCCGUGUGCCCUGGCCCGAAGAGUGGAUGAUCAAGCGUGCUCUUGAUGCUGGUGCCCACGGUGUCAUGACUCCUAUGUGUCACUCCGCUGAGGAUGCAGCCAAGGUCGUCAGCUACUGCAAGUACCCGCCAAUCGGAGUCCGUGGAUACGGGCCCCUGUUUGCACCCCAUGCAUUCCCUGGUGUCAAGCCUGCCGAUUACGAUGAAAAGACGCACGGCGAAGUCCUCGUCGUUGUGCAGAUUGAGUCGCGGCCUGGAGUUGAAAAUGUAGAGGAGAUUGCCAAGGUCGAGGGACUGGAUGUUUUGUUCAUUGGGCCCUUUGAUCUUGCGAAGCAGAUGCGUGUCACCCGCGGUGGCGAGGAACAUGAGGCUGCUAUCCAACGUGUUCUGAACGCUGCUAGAUCUGCGGGAAAGAAGGCUGCUAUCUUCUGUUCUGAUGGCGAAGAUGCUCUUCGCCGCACACAGCAGGGCUUCGAUAUGGUUUCCAUCACUACUGAUGUCACUGUCUUCGGUGACGGUAUGCUCAACGAAUUAGAGAAGGCUAAGGGCAGUUCGAAGGUACAAGGGAAACGGGAUGGUUAUUGA